AUCCUAAAUAUUAUGAAAAAAUAAUGAAGCUGAUGAUUAUAAUGAUGCCAUGAUAUUACUCACCUUUCACAUUUCAAAACAAAACAAACUUAUAUUUUUAUUGAUUACAAAAAAGGGUCUCAAUCAAAAUUAAUUUGGAAUUGAGACCCCACAAAUCGUGUUCUAUUUUGAGCUUCCUAUGUAACAGGAGAGAGAAGGCUCAAGAACAGUUACACAACCCAAUUCUAAACAUUUCACUUUAUAACUAACACACAGACACACAGUUCUGAUUCAAAGGUAUGAUCUUUGCCUUUAAGGUGGUCUUGAUAUAAAGGUUCUGCAUUUGCUGACUGAUAAAAGUGAGUUUUUUGUGUACUUUUAUCAGUUUUAUCAGUUAUUUUUGGAAGUUGGAGAUUGAAUUUCUGAAAUUGGUAAUCUGGGUAUUGUUUAAAAGUUGUUUGGUGAUGUGGGUUUUGAGUUUUGAGUGAUUUAGUGAUCUAGGUUUUAGCUGAAAUUUGUGUUGUGAUCCGAGUUUUUGCUCAAGAACAUGAACAGUGAUUAGGGUUUUGUUCUGAUAUUAGGUGGUGAUGGUUGUUCUGAUAGAGGUUACUUUGUUGUGAAGAAUGAAUGUUUGGUGAAAUUAGGUGAUUUUUGAUAUUAAUUCAUUGUGAAGAUUGAAUUUUUAGAUGAUGAAUUGUGUGCACAAAUUUGUUGCUUUAAUGGAGUUAAGGGGAGGUGAAAGAAAUUAAUGGCUGACUGAAUAUUUUGGCAUGUGAAUUGUAUGUGCUGAAAUUGAGUGAUUUGAUAUUUGAUUUUGAUAAUUAAAUUGAUGGCUACUGUAUCUCCAACACCAAAUUCAUCACCUUCUGCUGUCCCACCUGUUUCAACUCCACCUCCACCAACAUCCACCUCUAAUCCGCCGCCGCCGCAAUCCUCGUCUCCUCCACCGGACGCUUCUAUAGCUUCUCCACCUCCACAGUCUAAUGUGACUACUCCGUCGCCUCCUCCUCCUCGGACUCCGUCUGCUGUUGUUGUAAUUCCUCCUUCUGCCACUCCACAACCACCUGUGGAAUCACCACCACCUACAACUUCACCUCCUCCACCUUCACCAAAUGUUGAUCCUCCAACCUCCAAUCCUCCUCCACCACCUGUACAGUCGUCGUCGCCUCCACCUAUUGUAUCACCUCCACCAUCAACUCCAGCUAAUCCACCUGCCUCUCCAACACCUCCAACUUCUCCUCCACCACAACCAUCAACACCACCACCGGAGAAUCCUCCUCCACCAGCAUUACCAAGUCCACCUCAAACCUCACCUCCACCACCAUCAAAGCCUCCUGAAAAGUCUCCAUCACCACCACCACCAAGAACCCCGUCACAACCACCUGCCAGUUCACCCCCUCCACCAACACCGGUGCCACCUCCCAGAAGGUCACCUCCGCCACCAUCUUCAAACCCUCCUGAAGUAAACUCACCUCCUCCUCCACCAGCAUCAACUCCUCCGGAAAAUUCACCUCCUCCACCGGCAUCAAUAGCCCCUACCUCGCCUAAUGCACCACCACCUCCUGCAGGUAUUCCGACUCCCCCUUCUCAACCAACACCGGCACCUUCAAAUUCUACUCCAGGUGGCUCAUCACCCUCUCCACCAUUGAUAAGAAUGAGUCCACCUCCUCCCUCACUCAGCUCUCCACCACCAUCUGGCAAUAAUACGAUUCCUAGUGCACCAGAAAGUGCAAAUUCAAAAAAUGAAGGCAUUGGUACUGGAGGCAUAGUGGCUAUUGGUGUAGUAGUAGGUUUCAUAAUUCUCGGCCUUGUUGGGUUGACAGUCUGGUGCAUGAGGAAGCAAAGGAAGCAGGCACCUAGAGCCGCUGGUGGUUUUAUUUUGCCGUCUUCAUUAGGCUCUUCCCCAAGAGCAGAUUCAAAUUUUACAAAGGCUCAAACUACAGUGCCCUUAAUGGGAAGUGGGUCUAGCCCUGAAUAUGGUUAUUCACCAAGUGGUUCUGGUGGAUUAGGCAAUUCAAGGCCGUGGUUUACCUAUGAUGAAUUACACAAUGCCACAAAUGGAUUUUCGUCCCAAAAUCUUUUAGGGGAGGGUGGAUUUGGUUCUGUAUAUAAAGGUAGCCUACCAGAUGGGAGGGAGGUGGCAGUAAAACAGCUUAAAGUUGGCGGAGGUCAGGGCGAGCGAGAAUUUAAAGCUGAAGUUGAGAUUAUUAGUCGGAUACACCAUCGCCAUUUGGUUUCACUUGUGGGUUACUGCAUCUCUGACAACCGAAGAUUGCUUGUUUAUGAUUAUGUUUCAAACAAUACCCUUCACUUCCAUCUUCAUGGGGAAGGGAGACCAGUUCUGGACUGGGCAGCACGUGUUAAAGUUGCUGCUGGCGCAGCUCGUGGAAUAGCUUAUCUUCAUGAAGACUGUCAUCCUCGGAUUAUUCACAGGGAUAUUAAGACAUCCAACAUUCUUUUGGAUAACAAUUUUGAAGCGAAGGUUUCGGACUUUGGGCUUGCCAAGUUAGCCCUCGAUGCAAAUACACAUGUUACUACACGCGUUAUGGGGACUUUUGGAUACAUGGCCCCGGAAUAUGCAUCAAGUGGCAAACUAACUGAUAAAUCUGAUGUAUUUUCGUAUGGAGUUGUGCUUUUGGAGCUAAUUACCGGACGGAGGCCUGUGGAUUCAUCCCAACCCAUUGGAGAUGAGAGUCUUGUGCAAUGGGCUCGACCUCUACUUGGUCAUGCACUGGCGAAUGAAGAAUUUAAUGGUUUGGUAGAUCCAAAGCUUGAAAAUAAUUUUGUUGAAAGUGAAAUGUUUAUAAUGAUCGAGGCUGCAGCAGCCUGCGUCCGGCAUUCAGCUGCCAAGAGACCACGUAUGGGACAGGUUGUCAGAGCUUUCGAUGGUUUAGCUACCGCAGAUCUAAGCAACGGAAUGCGAGUGGGGGAAAGUGAGGUAUUCAACUCAGCACAACAAUCAGCAGAAAUCAGAUUAUUUCAAAGAAUGGCAUUUGGUAGUCAAAAUUACAGUACAGAUUUUUACAGCCAGAUUAGCUUGGAUAGUUAACAGAAGACCAAGUAUACAUCUUUAGCGACAGGGUUUGUCGAGUAGAGACGAAAUAUUAGUCCUACGCGAUGAUAGCUUUAUUAUUGCGCGCGGAGGCUCACCUCUAGAUCCCGAUGAUGUGUAAAUCUGGCACCGUCUGCAUCUCUAAUCCAAACCCUGAUUAGUAGUUACCACUUACAGGUUAUUUGAUCUUUUGCACAUAUAUCACACGCUAUUCAAUUUUUCUUGUAAGUAGCCCAUGCAAAUUUUGUUCCUAUCAUCAAUAAAGCUAUGAUUCAAUUUUUGUUCCA